AUCCUUCUUGUUGUUGAUAGUAUUGAAAAAGAAAUGAAGAAAGAGAAGAUGAAUUCGCCCAAAAUUGUGAUCCAAAUUCCAAAUAUUCCAAGGCUAGUUGACUUCUGUUUGUAACUGAAAGUUGACUCUGUUUAGAUCUUCCCCAUUUAUACGUGUUUUCUCACAAACAAACCCCGAAAACCAGAGGGAAUCGGUUCGACUCUUUGAAGAUUUGCAAAAGGGGUCACGAUGGCUGCCAGCAUGAAACAGAUGUCUCUGAUCGUGUCUUUUUUGGGCGUGGUAUCCUUCGUUUUGGGAGUUCUUGCUGAAAACAAGAAGCCUGCUGCUGGAAUACCUGUGACUGGUUUGAAUGGUGCCUCUGUCACCUGCAAGUACCCGGCGGAUCGAACUGUUGUAUUGGGGUAUCUUUCUGUAGCAUUUCUUGUUGCAUCCACUGUGGUGGGGUAUCUGUCCUUGUUUUACCCUUACAAAGGAAAGUCAAUUCCACAAGGGGUUCUGUUUAAACACACCACUUUCACCGUGUUCUUCAACAUUUCUUUGUUCACUGCUGGAUUAGCUGCAGCUUUGCUCUUAUGGCCAACAAUCACAGAACAACUUCACCUUACACACAAUGUACACCAUGAUGUGAACUAUGAAUGCCCUACAGCCAAAACUGGUCUGCUUGGAGGUGGUGCCUUUCUGUCCCUUGAUUCAUCUCUCCUGUGGUUGAUUGCCCUUAUGUUAGCAGGCAAUGCUCGUGAAGAUUUCUUUGAAGAAGAAAGCAACGGUGUUGAGAAGGGUGAAUAUGGCACAGCCUCCUCUGAUAAUUAUUAUGAUGCUGAUUCAGGAUUGAAGGAGAGUUCCUGAACUGCACUGCUAAGAGUAGAAAUAAAUGUUGCACUGCUACUUCUGUAGUUUCCUUUAAAUAUAUCAUUCUGAACCAUUCACAUGAAAUAUUGAAUGUAAAUACUUUAAAUGUUUGUUCUACGUCAAAAGUUUGUAGUGAUUAAGCACUACUGCAGAAACACAUAGUUGUUUGUAAUUUGGAUUCCUUUUUUAUAAAUCUAUCUUCUUUUAGUCCUUGAA